AUGAACAACGAAAUCACGAAAAGCUUGUUUCCAUAUGAGGCGAAAUUUUUUAAGGGCAUUUUUGACAAGUAUAUAAAAAAUGAAGACUACAACGAGGAUCUGAAGGUGGUUAGGAGCUCCAAGAAUUUAAUGGAGGAAGUUAUUAGCAAAGAAAAUGGAUUAAACUUUUAUUUGGAUGAAAACAGUGAUGACACAUUUUUGCAAAAAUGCAAGUUGUUGUUUUUUCGAAAAAUGUUAAAGUAUGUCUAUGGCAGGAAAGAGAAAAAUGUGCAUAAGGGGGAGAGUUUUUCUGAUGUGGGAGGGACGGGGAAAAGCGUAGACACGGUUGGUGAGCAGAAUGGACAACAUGUUAGAGAAGGGAUCGGAAGCGUAAAGGAGGUGCCACAAUAUUUCGUGUUUAACAAAAAAAUUAAUGUAAUAAACAGUUAUCGAAUUUAUAGCUACUGCUCCAACAUCAUUCAAUCCCUUCCGUCGCUCACGUACUUUUCUGUUGUUAAGAUAUACAUGGCGAACUAUCCUUUGAGUGUCUUUUUGUCUUGUGUUUACUUUUACACGUUUGUGACGUACGUGUGUGAUGGGGAAAACCUGAUAGAGUUCCUGGAGUCGCUGUUCUUCUCCCUCAUAGUGACGAUCGGCUGUGUGGCGCUGACGGCGGUGCACUACGCGAAGGAAAACAGAAUCAACUGGAUUAUGUCGAGGAUGAACAACUUUAAGGAAAAUUACAUAUGUCGUAAUUUUAUAAAGAAGGAAGCCAAGGGGAAAGCCAUGUUUUCCAAAUAUGAAAGCAGAAAAACGAUCGAAAUUAAAAAGUAUUCCAAAUAUUUUUUCUUAAGGAGUUUUCUGAAUAGAAUAAAUGAAGAGCUGUAUGACUACGAGGUGUUCAAGGGGGACAAGCAUUUCAAUUAUGUGCAAGAGAAUUUUAAGGAAAUUACCCCCUUGGGAUAUUCCCCUGAUAAUGCUGGGGGAGGUGCGAAGCAGGGUGGUGAGUUAGCAGCAAGUGGGCAAAGUUGGGGGGCCAAAAGUGCAAACAUAGCGUCAGUUAACGUGGAGGGUGUAUUCGCAGAGCGGGGGAGACAGACGGGGUCGAAAUUGAUAUCAAGUGAAGAGCAACAGGAUGGAAUGGGUGAUAUGCAGGAUGAGGAGGUAAUAUGUAGCGUAGCUGCCAAGAAGACGGUUGUCUUAAGUACAGAGUCAGAUGGAGAGAAGAACCCCUGUAGUGGAAACGACAUUCAAAAUGUAGGCAACAAUGAAGAAGGCACAAAAAACUCCACCGAUAUGGCACAAGACAGAAAAAAAAACCUAUUAAACUACAUAAUGUUCGAGAAUAAUAUAUACACAAUUAACAGUAAGAGCAUUUUAGUAGGAGAUAUUGUUUACCUUUUCAAGGGAGACGUGAUCCCGGCAGAUGGGAUACUCAUAAAAAGUAACAACAUGGUAGUAGAUGAGUCUAACAUUUUAAAAUCAGAAAAGACAUGGAAGAAAAAAAUUAGCCUGGAUGAAUAUAUGUACUACUAUGAGAAAUCAAAAAAGAGAAAGAUUAGCGUUAACGAGUUAAGGAAGAAGAAAUUAAAUUAUUUCGAUAUACUUAAUUUGAAGGUCAAAAUGGCAUUGAAAAGGCUAAGUAGGGAAGAAGAGAGAGAUACGAAUGUACAAAUCACAAAGGGAGAACAUAAUACUGAUGAGACUCCAAAAGGUGGAGGAAGGAAUGUGGAGAAAUUAAGUCAAAGUGUAAAUGAAAAAGGGGGAGAAAAUAAAAGUAGUAAAAAUAGUAGAGUAAUUAAAAAUUUUGAGAAAUUAUUUGAAUAUUCUCCUCUUGUCUUGUCUGAAUCAACAGUGCGGGAAGGAACAGGCAUCAUGCUAACCACCUGUGUUAGUAAAAAUAAGCAAAUGUUCAAAAAUACCAUUAAAGACAUGGACGAAAGUACUGAACUGGAAGACAUCAUAAAUAGCUUUUCGAAAAAUGUUGUUAUUAUAAUAAUUUUUUAUUGUAUCCUUUGCAUCCUCUUCGUAUUUAUUCACUUCUUAAUUAAAUUGGUCGAGAAUAAUAUGCAGACUUCUGCCUACAAUAUGUUGAUGUUUUUGCUUAACUGUAUCAUUUUGGAAAUCCUCAAGUACCUUUUACUGUCUAUUGACCAAAUGCCUUUGCUUCUGCAAAAUUGCAUAGCGCUAAAUUGGAGGGAAAUAAUGCGGGAAAAUUUUAUCCUAAAGAGAAAACAUACUUUCGAGAAAAUUCUUUUCACUAACAUCAUUUAUGUAGACUUGGAAAGGUACACAAAGUACAGGUGUGUGUUCUUCUUUUGCAACCCUGAUAUGUGCUUUUGCACCGACUGGGAUGAAAAGGAAGAUCUGCAAGUGGAGGUGAAAUUGAUUAAUUUGGAUAAGGACCAGGGGAAGAAAGCAGAAAUAUCAAGGAGCCUCUUUUUCAAAAUGCUCGUCCAGGGCAUUCUGACGACAAGCAACUUGUACCAUUACAAUGAGAACUUUCUGUACAUAGAUUUGUCCCUCUUAAAAUUGUUAAAGGGAUUCGAAAUAAACCUCGAAGAUUAUUUCAUCCCCAAGAAGCGCUUAUUUCGUGUUAUAUCUGGUGGCCAGGAUUUUGUCAUUGCGUUUGUCUUGUCGGAGGAAGGGUUUUUGGGCGACAAGGGGGUCGAUGCGCAGGGCGAGGAGUCCCUGAGCGUGCUGCGCAUAUUCGUGAGGGGUCGCGCGAGUCUGGUCUUGCCGAAGUGCAGCCAGUACCUGGACGGCGACGCGUUGCGCAGCGACAUCGCCCAGGUGAAGGAAAAAGUCCAACAGGUGCAGCAACAAAAGUACGAAGAAGUCAUAUGUUUCGCAUACAAAGAAAUAGAGCUAAGCGCAAAGGAGAGUGAGGAGCUCUUCCAUUACGAAGACGACAACGAUUACACAUUUGACAACAAAGAAAUGAAUAAGAAUCUGGACGAAACUUAUCUCAAGUAUGUAGAACAGAAUGACUACACGUGUGUCUCAAUCAUGGUUUUCGAAAAAAUGCUGAACAAGCAUUUUUAUUUUGAUUACAAAAUGUUGGAGGCAAACGGCAUGAGCGUGAAGUUGUUCACCAAGGACAGCAUGUCUAAGGUGAAGAAGCUAUUUUGUGACUUGCCCCAUUUCUUUGAACAUUUCAAGCUGUAUAAUGCAAAGUUGGUGGGUGAAGAGGAAGCGAUAGAUUUGCAUUACCAAAAUGAUGAUGACAGAUUUGGUAGCCAUCCGCAGGAGGCAGAUAAGAUGAAGGGGCAGAGCAAUUUGAAAAACAUGGAAGAAAAAAAUUGCGAUGGAAAUUACUACAAUGAGACAAGUCUGGGAAAUUACACCCUGAAGAAGGGAAAUAAUACAUCUUGGAUGCCGAACAAAUGCAGAAGUGAAGUUUUAAAUUUGAAAGAAUGUGAUGAUAAGGUGAUGAUAAACAUGACUAGCCAAAAUGAAGCACUAAAAAAAAAACACGAUUUUCUCUUAAGUAACAAUAUUUUUUACAAGUGCCAGAAUACAGAUUUAUCACGUCUGUUAAGGAUUUCGAAUUACUAUGGGAAGAAUGUACUUGUGACAAAUGAAAGCAGUGUAGAGUGUGAGGAGGGAUCGUGCAGCCUACGCAUAUGCGAUGAUAGGGGUAGAGGAGAAUGUAAAGAGAAAAGCGACAUUGUUAUUUUGAACAAAAGUUUGUACGAUUUUAUAAAAUUGAAAAAUUUCUCAAACUGUAUUCUUACCAAUAUAAAACUAUACAUCGAGUACAACAUUACCUUUUAUGUCUGCCUGAUCAUAUUCUCCACCGUUUGCACCUUGGUAAAUGGGUUUGAAUUUUUAAAUACCAUACAAAUACUAUAUAUAUAUUUUGUGAAGAAUGUAAUUUUUCAUUACCUAUCAUGCUAUCGCAAAAGUUCCAUAAGUACCGUCGGGAAGAAGAAAAAACAGACUUAUGACUUUUUUAAGGAAAAUGAUAUAAACAGUAUAAUGUCUUCAAUUUUGUCCAAGACGGUGAUUCUGUUUUUGGUGUUUUUCUUUGGUCAUUUAUUCAUUCCUGAGUCUACAUGGGAUUUUGUGAGCGCAGAUGUGAGGAACUUGUUUGAAUUUUCAGAAUUUUCAUACCUUACAGAUAGACAGCAGUCGAGCUACUUUUACACCAUACGGUCUUGUAUUCGUUUUAAAAAAAAUUUAGAAAAUUUGAAAAUUGAAAAUGUUAUUGAUGUUAAGAAUGAUUACAGAUCGAUGGCUGAAUGGGACAGCUAUAUCAGUCCAGGUAGACAUGGCACUAUUCUGUUUAACAUUUUUUUUCUCUUUUUCUUUUUUUCCUAUAUUCAUAUUUAUUUAAAGUCGUUUUUGAGGGACAUACACAUAUAUUGGGAAAUGUACAAAGGGGCACAAAAUGACAAAUGUAACAAGUAUAUUAUCCCUUCAGUGGGUAGCACGCGGCAGGGUAAGAAGGACCUCUCUGCAGAUAUUCGCUGUUUUAUGCAGGAGCUGAAGAAGGAAAGUCGAUCUAGUAUCUUGGUUAAGACUGAAAAUGUGAACAAUUGGGGAAAGGGACCAAACAAUCAAUUUGAAAAUGGCGACAUGGGCAAGAAUGGAAGUCGUACGAUACCAACCACGGAGGAAGUGAAGAAGGGAGGGAAGCAGUUUUCCUUAUUGAAAAUAGCUAGUGAAAUAAUUUCUAAAUCAAGCUUACCUAAUAACAAUUUUAAUAUCAUGUUAAUGAACCUUGUUUGGGAAAAUUACAUGACAUUCAUAAUUUUUUUUGUUCUGCUAGGGAUACACAUUUUUGUCGUUGAGUUCGGUUCAUUCUUCUUUAACUUACAUGUGACUGGGUUGACUCUAUUGCAAUGGGUAUUCUGUUUCGCCUGUUGUCUUUUAGACCUGGUUCUUUAUUUUGUUACUUUGCGUCUUGGCCUGUUUCUCCUCCCCGCCAGUUCUUUUAAAACUUUCCAGAAUUUGUAUGAGCCGCGCGAAAGGAGCGUAUUUGACACCCUGAAUGAUUACAAGCGGAGUUACAUGUCCAAGCGGUAUAAGUACGACCUGAAGGUGUAA